UAAAUAAAAAUGAAAGUUACUUUAAGAAAAUGACAGCCUUUUUUCAUUAUUUCUUUCUCUUCUCUCAUCUUCGGAUUCAAUCUCCUUAAUAUCUUUCUUUGGAUCCUAGUAUUUAUAUAUUUAUCAUUUAUCUGGUAUAUUCAACAUAUAAAUUCCCUUGCUUUCUCUGUGUUGACCUAUCUUUUUUCUCUCUCUAUCUCCCUCUCCAGAUUUCCAAAAAGUUGGUGUUCUUGAUUCAUCUUUUUCCCUAAUCAACAGACUUCUUGUUGAAAAAGUUGAAGCUUUUGAUAUAUUUUUCUUAAAGAUAAAAUGAUGAUGAUGACAAUGGAAGGGAUGAUGGAUAAAGCAGUAUUGGAUGAUAUAAUAAGGAGGCUAUUGGAGGGCAGAGGGGGCAAGCAGGUGCAAUUAUCAGAGGUAGAGAUCCGCCAACUUUGUGUCAACGCUCGCCAAAUCUUCUUAUCUCAGCCUAAUCUUCUCGAGAUUCAUGCUCCUAUUCGCAUAUGUGGUGAUAUUCAUGGUCAAUAUCAGGACCUCCUCAGACUAUUCGAACAUGGUGGUUACCCUCCUACUGCAAAUUACCUCUUUCUUGGGGAUUAUGUUGAUCGUGGCAAGAAAAGUUUGGAGACAAUAUGUUUGCUUUUGGCAUAUAAAAUAAGAUAUCCGGACAAAGUUCACCUCUUAAGGGGAAAUCAUGAAGACCCUAAGAUCAAUCGGGUUUAUGGAUUUUAUGAUGAGUGUAAAAGGAGAUUUAAUGUUAGGCUUUGGAAAGUAUUUUCUGACUGCUUUAAUUGCUUGCCUGUGGCUGCACUCAUCGAUGAUAAGAUACUUUGUAUGCAUGGGGGACUUUCCCCAGAGUUGCAAAAUUUGGAUCAAAUAAGGCAAAUCUCUAGGCCAACGGAGAUUCCCGAAAAUGGUCUACUCUGUGAUCUGCUAUGGUCUGACCCAGAUGUUAACAUUGAGGGCUGGGCAGAUAGUGAUCGAGGUGUUUCAUGUACUUUUGGAGCAGAUGUAGUUGCUGACUUUUUGGAAAAGAAUGAUCUUGAUCUCAUUUGCCGAGGACAUCAGGUGGUGGAAGAUGGAUAUGAGUUUUUCGCUAAACGAAAAUUAGUCACAAUAUUUUCAGCUCCAAACUAUGGCGGGGAAUUCGACAAUGCUGGUGCCCUAUUGAGUGUCAAUGAAGCUCUUGUGUGUUCCUUUGAGAUAUUGAAGCCGGCUGAUAACCGAGCAUCUUCGAGUGGUUCUAAUUCACGAACAACACUUCUUAAGAAACCCCCAAAAACCGGGAAGGCUUGAUGUGGAACGAGGGAUUUCUGGUGAUUUUCUUUUAGCUCGAAUAGGAGAUACAGAAAGCUUGAUUCAUGCUAGAGUUUUGAUUCUGUUAUAGACAUGGUACUCAGCCCUUCAAUGACAAGACCAUGUCCAUAAAUUAAUUGCAUUUUUGAAGAGUUAUGAAAAAUGAAUCUGUAAAUCAACAGUACACAAUAUUUUCUAUGCAACAAGAGCCUUUUUUUUUU